CCUAGGCCAUUGUACCAGAUUGAUAGCAACACUGUCCCUGCGAUCAGUAACCAAGCCAGUCAUUAAAGCUAAACAACCGGUGCCGUAUGCUGCAAUACAAAUCACUGAGCAAAAACUCGAGCGCAUAGUACAAAUCGGAAUGAUCACACUUGUCAAAUACGCCUUAUGGACCGCACCCGUUUUCACAGUAAAGGAGGCGAAUGGAAUGGUACGCAUAUGUGCGCGUCUUUACGCUGCGUUCAAGGACCUCCAAUACAUAUUGCCAAUUCCAAAAAGCAUCUCCGCAAAACGGAAUGACGAUAUGUGCUUUGCCAACCUUGACCUGUCUGAUGUAAAUCUUCAGGUAGAUGUUACAAAGCACUCGAAAGAGUUAUUGGCGAUCAAUACCCUAGUAGCAGUACGGCCGCUUGCACUUUGGAGUAACAACGGUACUAGCCAUUUUUCAAAAGCUGGCAGCGAUUCCUGGAGCCGCCGUAUAACUGGACAUAAUCAUCGUAAUCGGUCGAACAUAGGAGGCCAGCUGGAGGCCAGUAACCCGCACAACCACACAUAGAUUGUCCUAAUGUAUCAUAGCAAAUCGACGCGUUGUACAACAUGCUGAUUAGAAUACAGUUUUGCUUUCCGUU